CGAGGAUCAAGGAGGCAUCAAUAUGGAGGCCCUUCUCCAGCUCCUGCCGCUACACGCGACAAUUUUCGAGUGCCAGAGCCGGAGGUGCUCCAGGGCCUGUGUGUCGGACUGGACCUGAAGAGCCUGCAGGCUCAGGCGAUCGACCUGUGUCAGGGUCAUACGGGGAGAGCGGCAUCCAUUGGCGGAGCCGAACUCUGACCGAUCGGCGUCCGACUAGCGUCCUCAGCGGCACUCCGAGUGGAGCUCCCGAAGUGCCAGCGUCUCGCUCAAAAUCGUAAAUGAAAUACAGGACAAAGCACUUCAAAGUGCUGAAGGCGAUCCGACCGCACAUUCAUCACGCUGAUUGACGGCAUGCUGUGCCAGGUAUGCCCGUCGGAGGGGCCUGGCCUUCUCAGGUCAGUGUGCGUGGGGGACCCAAGGAGGCACUGAUGCUGGGGGCACCUUGCACCAUCGACUUUCGCUCGAAGACGCGCCCCCUGACUAUCUUGCUAGUUUCUUGCGCGGUGGUGGGCCUCGUCGAUUUCCACCUGUCGUCGGCGCGCCUUGCCCCUCCUCAUCUGCAGCAGCCCUCCCCGCCCCGUGCCCCUCGAGGCAUUCGGGGGGCAGGCGCCCGUCUCCUCGUCAGUGCCGCCUGUGCUGGCGUACGCCCCCCCCCCCCCCGGCUUGCCGCCAUGGUGGACGCCGGCGUUGGAGGCGGCGGCCCUCUGCCCGGUCCCGGCGAGGGCGCAUGGCUGGCGGCGCCGCGGUGGGGCGCGCAGCUGCGGAGCCCCAGACGGCCUGGAAGCCCGCGCUCUGGGCGGCGGUGGCCUCGCUGCAGCGCCGCCCCCUGCGCGUCCACGUGGCGGACCUCGGCCUCUGGGGCCCAGUCUGCGACGAGGACUGGGGCUACGCCUACCACCUGGAGCGCUGGUUUCGCGCCUUCCUGCUCCGCUGCGUCCCCAGCACCGCCGCGGCUGGGCCGGAGGAGGCCGACUAUGUGUACGUGCCGCACUGCGCCAUGAACGUGUACCUGGCGCGCAAGCAGCGGCGCUACCAGAUCAUGGGUGCCGCCUCCGCCUCCGCGCUGCCCGCCCACGGCGAGGGCGACCGGCUGCACGAGCAGGUGGUGCGGGAGUUGGACUCGGACUACCUCGCCGGCGAGGUGCUCCCCGCGAUGCGCCGCCACGCCGGCGUGUCGGCCUGCCUCGCGAGGGCGCCGCGCUGCCGCCUGCUGCUCGUCAACAUGGCAUUUGGGCGCGACGAGGUCCCCCUCUUCAGCAACGGACUCGGGCCCGAGGCGGUCGUGAUCACAACCGCCGGCGCGGAGCGCUGGGGGCGCUGGUUCGGCGGCAGGUCUGCGCCGCCUGCACGCCGAGGCCGGGCGGGCUGCUCGUGCCGCGCCCACUGCGAGCCGAGGCUCUCUCUCGGGCCGCUGGAUGUCGUGGUGCCGUUCGCCACCGCCCACAACUCCACGAGCCGCCGGCCAGGCCGGGGCGGACGGCGCGACAUCCUCGCCCUGUUCGUGGGGUCCAACACCUCCUGCAGCCGCAGGGAGCUGUUUGACAUGUGGGACAAUGACGACGCGCGGCUGCAAGGGCUCGUGGUGUCGCCGCGGCCCCUUCCAGAGGCGGCCUUCGACCGCCUUGCCCGGAGGGCCGUGUUCUGCCUGGUGCCCGAUGGUCACUGGCCGGCGACCAUGCGCCUCCCCGCGGUCAUAGCCAAGGUCGAAGAACAGACAUGAACAUAGACUUUGGGAGGUCCGCUCGCAUUUCUCGGGUCGGCGCUGUGCCGUAGUUCGUCUUCCGUGUCGUCUGAUCACUAUCUUGAGGUCGAUUGGUGGUGUUACUUGAUUCCUCUGUCUGACAGUUCUGAUUUGUCCGCAGCGUGCGCGAUGUGCGCUGCCAACGUACGUUUGGGGGCUCGGCCCUUCUCUCCUUCAUCUUUCCUGUGUGUGUCUGCGUGUGUCUGCGUGGUGUGUAUGUGUGUGUGUGUGUGCGUGUGUGUGCGCGCAUGUGUGUGUGUGUGGUUUGUGUGUGUGUGUGUGUGUGCGUCGGCCUCUCCCCGCCCCCCCUGGGGGGCGCCAGAGGCGCUGCCCGCUCGCUGUUGACGGGGUGUGGACGGGGGUCCAGCACCUGUCCAGGAAAUCAGCGCGGACCUCGGAACGAGUGUGUGUGUGUGUGCAUUGUUUGCUGCUCUUCUGCAAGGGGUGCAUCCCGGUGGUCAUCUCCAAUCGGGUGGAGGUCCCCUUCGACGACUUGGUGGAUUGGCGCGAGGGAUCCUUGCGGGUUCUGGAGGGCCAGAUCCGCGAGCUGCCAGAGCUGCUGUCGCGGAUCGGCGAGACACAGGUGCGCUCCAUGCAGCGGCACCUCCCGCUGCUCGCUGAGGCCUUGGACUACCACCACAGUCGGUUCCACGUCAUGCUGCUUGCGUCGCUGGCAGCUAGGCGCGAGCCGUGAGGGGUCGGAGCCGGCCAUGCAGCGGCACCUGCCGGUACUCGCACAAGUCGGUUCCACAUCAUGCUGCUUGCGUCGCUGGCAGCUAGGCCCAUAGGCGCGAACCCUGAGGGGCCAGAGCUGGCCUUGCAGCGACACCUGCCGCUUCUCGCCGAGGCCCUGGAUGACCACCAAGGCCGAUUCCACGUCAUGCUGAUCGCGUCGCUAGAAGGCAGGCGCGAGCCGUGAUCCCGUCGUCAUCUCCAGCCCAGUGGAGGUCCCCUUCGACGACCCGGUGCAUUGGCGCGCGGGCUCCCACUGCGGCCUUUGGAGGGCCGCAUCUGUGAGAUACUGCUCGUUCUGGUGUGCGGAAGCGAGGACCAGACGCGCUCCAUGCAGUGGCGCAAUGCCGUUGCUGCUCGCCGAGGCCCUCGACUACCACAAGCACUAUGAGAAGACGAGAAGCGACAUACCGCAUAAACAUACGUUUUCAGACAUCCUCGCGGAUUUUUUGGAUCGGCGCUGGGGGUCGGG